AUGGAUUCUCAAAGAUAUAAAGUCAGUGGUGCAAGAGAGAAUUCCAAGGCGUCGUCAGGUAUUACCGAAAUCGAGGAAGAUAAGAAGCCCGUUAUUGAGCGCGGCACACACAUAAACAUAAAAAUCAAGGAUCAAUAUAACAAUGAAGUGUCCAUCUUGAUCAAGAGAAGCACUACACUGAAAAAUAUUUUGAUUACUUAUUGCAAUGAGCGGUCUAUGAAUUUCAACACCUUUCGUUUUCUUCUAGGUGACGGGGUUCGCCUCCGUGUAGACAAGACUCCAGAUGAACUGGGAAUGAAAGAUGGGGAUCAAAUCGACGCCUUUCUAGAACAGUUUGCCGGCGCUUGA